UGAUUAUAAUUUACAUAUCAUCUGCGAUUUUUAAGAACCGGUUAAAAAGCUGUACCGAUGCAAAUGUACAAGUUAUCGGUUGUUGUGGUGCUAUUUGUGGUGGUAGGUGAAGUUUUGUCCAAACAGAAGAAUAAGGAUAAAGGAAGAUUAGAACAACCCCUAAAUAUAUAUCAAGAUGAUGAGUUCCCAUUUCCUUAUAAACCGGUACGAAGUAGAUCAGAGAACGAAAUCGCUGCAGAAAAGGAUAAACAAUUCUGGUAUCGCAAAGCUGCUUCAGCUAUUCAAGAUCGACUUGCCAGAAAAAUAAAUCAAAAUAUUGCCAAAAAUGUGAUUCUAUUUCUUGGAGAUGGAAUGUCCAUUCCAACCAUAUCUGCUACAAGGGUUUAUAUAGGAGGAGAAGAACAACAGUUAUCAUUUGAAAAAUUCCCUUAUACUGGAUUUUCUAAGACGUACUGUGUGGACCACCAAACUGCAGAUUCGGCAUGUUCAGCUACAGCGUAUCUUGGGGGAGUUAAAGGAAACAGAGGUACAGUAGGUGUAACUGCAGCUGUUAAUAAAAGCAAUUGUACUGCUAUGAACGAUCCAAACAAUCAUGUCGAAUCCAUUGCUAGACUAUUUCAACUCAAAAAUAAAAGAACUGGUCUGGUUACUACUACUAGAGUGACGCAUGCUUCACCUGCUGGCGUUUAUGCACAUACUGCUAACAGACAUUGGGAAAGUGAUACUGACGUUCUGGACGACCACGAAAACCCCAAAGAAUGCGAAGAUAUAGCUCAUCAAUUAGUUUUUGGAGAAACUGGAAAACAUCUGAACGUGAUAUUAGGAGGUGGACGAAAAAAGUUUAUACCUGCUUAUGUGAAAGAUGAGGAAGGAAAAAGGGGCCAUAGAAGCGAUCAUCUGGAUUUAAUUCGCUUGUGGAUGGAACAGAAAGAGACGAUGAAAGCUAGCUACGAAUACGUGUGGAACAAGGAGCAGCUGUUGAAUUUGAGAAAUGAUACAGAAUAUUUGUUAGGUUUAUUUGAACCAAACCAUAUGCCGUACAAUUUAGAAAGAGACAACGAAACCGAUCCCUCGUUAGAAGAAAUGACAGAAGCAGCCAUUGAAGUCCUUCAACGUGGACCAGAGGGAUAUUUUCUUUUUGUAGAAGGCGGUAAGAUUGACAAAGCUCACCACGCUAGUGCUCCACAUAAAGCGUUGGACGAAACAGCCGAGUUUGCAAAAGCUGUCCAAAGGGCCGUAGAGUUGACUAACGAGGAAGACACGUUGAUAGUGGUAACAGCUGAUCAUGCUCACACCAUGAGUUAUGCCGGAUAUGCAAAACGUGGGAGUGAUGUGUUUGGGUAUGGAGGAAUAGCCAAUGACGAUGACUACUACACUAUUUUGAGUUACGCCAAUGGUCCGGGAUACAAAUCGAGGAAAAACAAAAAGCGAUAUGUGCCAUCAGAGGGAGAUCUAGAUAAAAUCAGUACCAAAUGGCCAGCAUUAGCUCCUCUUCGUGUGGAAACUCAUGGAGCAGACGAUGUUGGUAUUUUUGUAAGAGGACCCAAGGCUCAUCACUUUACCGGAGUAAUGGAACAGAAUGUACUUCCACAUUUAAUGGCGUUAGCAGCAUGUGUGACCGAAAACUCUUUAUGUGAUAAUAAUUAUAUAAAGGAACCUUAACAAACUAGCAUUACAAUGUCUUUAAUUGUAAAAAAACUAAUAUGUCCACCAAAUAGUGAUACUGAUUGUGAUAUGAAAAUUGUAAUUAUAUUGUAAAUAUAAUAUCAUAGGAGAGAACAUUUUGCCGGCAAUAUUUUCGACUGGUAUGAAAGUUUGUUGCCUGGUAUAAAUUAAAUUUUGACAGUUACAUCACGAGACGUCAGUCGAGUAAUUUCGUCAAAAUUUCAUAAGCGAAAAUUGCCAAAAGGCAAAAAACUUGAAUAAAACCAGAAGAAAAUUUUGCUGGUAUAUAAUUUUCUCUCGAGUGAUAUUCGACAAGACUAUUUCACGCGACAAUUAAUGCAUCAUAUCAACGAAACAUAAUCUUUAUUUAUUUGUUAACAAUAUUAAAUGUACAAUUAUUAUAAACCAUAGUAGUUUGCCUAUUCUUUUCUACCAAUGCAUGAUUUUGUGCAUAAUUGAUUUGGGAACUCGAAAGUCCAGCUUCAUUUGUUGUUCUGAGCUUUUCGAUCAACUUCUGGUGGUGACUGGAAUCCAGCCGCAGAUAUGGUUUUAAAGAGCUUGCAUUUGAGUGACCCGUUAAUUUAAUUAACUCCUGUUCGGAAACACCUUGCUUGAACAAGGCUGACACAGCUGAAGUUCGAUGAGAAUGGUUUGUUAUUUUAUUUUUUUUUUGUGUCUAUUCAAAUUUUUUUAGCUGAAAUUUUUGUCCACUUAGAUAUGGCGUUGAUUCCAAGUGGACAGUCUUUGAACCAAGAUCCAUCCUUCCAGUUGGGGUGAACGGUUAGAAAAAGAAUGUCUGAUAAAAUCUUUGGUCGCCUUUUUCCCAUUAAUUUCAAAAAUAAUCUAACUGGGCAUAAAUUUUCGUUUGAUGAAUUUCUUACCAGCCAUUUGCUGCUUGCCAAACUUUUCGAACCGCCUUGAUUUGUUUUGGAAAAAAUGCUGUUGUAUUCAAUUCGGCCUGUAAAUUCUCCCCUAACAUCAUAUUCCUUCUGGAAAAAGUGAAUCUUGCAGUUUACGGCCUCAUUACCUCUCCAAGCAGGUUCAAAUGAGCAAAGAUGAAAAAACUUUUUUUGUGCUCCAUCGGGGGUUUCCUCGUCGUAGCUUUGGAUGAUUUUGAAUGGUUCUUCGGUGGAUAAUGCUUUUGAACCGAAUUUUCUUUUUUCUUGAACACUUUGAUGCUGCCUCCGGUUGGUAUCUCUGGCCAAUCUUGCACAUGUGAAAAAUAUGUCUGUAAAAGGGUCGAUUUUUGUGCCGUACUCCGUAAAAUAUUUUUCUUGUACCAUUUUUGCUGUAGUACUCCACAUUGACUUUUCAGACGAUUCUUUAUAGUGUUCGCCAUUGCAUUUUUUCAUGUUAAAGGCAUAAUUCUCGAGAAUUUUUGCUAGUUCUCUUAUGGUAGUAAAUCUUUCAAGCAUAAAAUUUCUCACCCGUAGGAACUCCAAAAAUUGGGUCCAAAUAGAGCUUCCGGACCUCUGCGUGUUCAAUGGGAAAUUUUCCGAAACCAAUUUUUUUAUUUCUUCAUCUUACUGGCAUCAAAAUCUUGAUUUUUCGUGGGGAUUCAUUAUAUCUGUCAAAAAUUAAUUACGCCUCAAUGAAGUUUGUCAAACUGACAACAAGAUAAUUACCAGACAUCUUUGUGACGGAUCUGUCAUAAUUUUGUCGCUGAGAAAUCACGAACUGGGAAGGAGUUUUGUCAAUAAGAAAUGUGGCGUUGCUAUGACAUUUUAUCAGUUAAAAAUAGUCUAGUGAAAUAGUCAAUAAUAUAAACUAUAAAAGCUGCAUUACGACGAACAGCUAUGUAUGUACAGUUACGAUCACUGAAUAGUUUACACUGUAAUUUUUAUAUUGUAAUACCGUAAAAUUGCAGUGUCGUACGGAUUUGAUAAAUGUCAAAGUCAAAAAAUUUCAAAAAGUCAAUGCUUGUCAAAAAUUUUGCGAGUGUUGAAAAAUAAAAUAAAAUUUUAUCAAACUCCUGCAAAAUGGUUAGAAUGCAUUUGAAUAAUGCGCAAAAAGCAAGAGCAAUUGCCAAACUCGAAGAAAGUUGGUCACUAAGGCAAGUUGCUGCAGAUUUGAACGUGAACCAUAAUAUGUGAACUCCACAGAUCAACAAGAUGAGAUGUUAGUAGAUUAUUUGAUAGAGAAUCUCCUUUUGGCACAGUGGACUGAUAAAUUGUGCAGCUGCAGGGAAACCUUUUUGACUGAGGAUCACAAGAGGAGACGAGUUGCAUUUUGUAAGAAAUUUAUAAACCGUGAAGAGACCUUUUGGUCUAGGGUUGCAUUUUACUUCAUAUAACAAUGGUCGAGUAAACAGUUUAUACGCCGAGAAAUCAAAGGUAUGAUGAACAAUUUACGCAUCAUUUAACAAAUAGUGAAGGAUUCUCGGUCAACGUGUGGGGAUGGAUAAGUGCUAAAGGCCCGAGCGUUUGUUAUCAUAUAGAAGAAAAAUUAACAGGAUUACAUUACAAACAUAUUCUUGAGAACACAGUGUUGCCAUCGGUGAUCCAGAGAUUCCCCAACAACGACUUCACCUUCCAACAUGACAAUUGCCCGGUGUAUUCGAGUAGAAUUGUUCGAGAAUGACUGGAAGAAGCUCAUGUUAAUGUUCUUCCGUGGCCUUUCCCAAGUGCAGACUUCCCUCGUCGAAAAUGUGUGGGCAGAGUUAACAAAGAAACUAAAUGAAAGAAACCUUAGAAAGACCACGAAAUAUAAUUGAAUUAUGGGAAGCAAUUGAGCAGGCAUGGGAAGAGCUUGUUGACUACAUGAGGGGACUGGUGCUAUCUAUGAACAUAAGACUGCAAAGUUGUAUAGACAAUAAUGGAGCUUCCACCAAAUAUUAAUUAUUGUUUAUUAUUUAUCAUUAUAUAUCAUUAUUUAAUAUAAAAUAAAUUUAAAAUAAAAUGGAUAUUUUAAAACCAAACUUCCUUAUUUUCGUUUUUAAAAUCAUAAUCUAUUUUAAUCAAAAAAAACUUCUUUCUAUACUUUCCAUUUUGUUAAAUUUUGUAAAAUAUAAUAUUUUGAUUUUUUAAUUUUAAUCGACCUGUUGUAGGUACACCGCUGGUAACGUCACUUUGACGUAAAAGUUGCGUUUAAACGAGGUAAAAAUUUAAAAAAUCGGCUUCUAGAUACGUAAGCCUGUAAACUAUUCAAUGACCGUAACUGUACAGCUGGUUCCUAAAAAAACUGUUACGCCUCUUAGUAAGAUUUAAACAUUUUGAGCAGUGUAUGAUUGGUCUGACAUUAUAUUAUAUUUAUUAUGACAGACAAAUAAUAAAAUAAACAAACAAACAGCCAUUUUUAGAGGUUGAACAGAAUAAGUUAUCUGACAAAUUUUAAGAUUUGGCAGUGACAGUGACAGCAUGUAGGUACAUAAUAAGCAUUUAUCCUUCAAAAUACACUGCUCAAUUUUCUACAAAAUACGCUUUAAGAGUCGUAUCAGUCUUUUUUGGAAUCAGCUGUAGGUACAUACCAUUUACUGACAAUUUUUAGUAUUUUUUUAUUUAAGUUAAAUUCCUCGACAAGUAAGGCCGUUGGCAUGGUACAGUUGAUUUCGUAAACAUAUUUUAGUAUAAUGUGUAGUGUGUGUUGAGUAAAUGUCUUGUUACUUAGUAAAGUCAACUGCAUUGUCCUUACAAAGAGACGCUAAUUGUAUCUUAUUUAUGCUUACAUAAAACUAUUGAAUUAUUA